CGACUCUAGUCAUUGGCUGCCAUCGGAAAUGUCUAUCUCCGGUGGUGCAGGAUUUGUCACAUUCCGGCCUAAGAAAAAGCUUUUCUUGGCUCUCUUUGUUUCGAUCCUUGUCGUUACUGCUAUAGUCACCAUUGCCACAGCCGUUUCCAAAAAGAAAUCCAGCAAUGAUAAUGCAGCUCACUCCAUCGUCAAAUCCUCAUGCAGCGCCACAUUGUACCCAGACUUAUGCUUCGCAACGAUCUCCUCGGCUCCGGAUGCUAAGACCAAGAUCAAGAACCCCAAGGACGUGAUAGAAUUGGUGUUGAAUUUGACGAUAAGUGCUGUGCAGAGCAACUAUUUAUCCAUCAAGAAGCUCAUCAGUACCCGCGGGAAGAGCCUCACGAAGCGUGAAGUGACCGCGCUUUACGACUGUCUCGAACUGGAGGAUGAAACUUUGGACGAGCUAUUCGAAACUGAACGAGAUCUCGUAGAUUAUCCAAGCUUUAAAAAGUCGAUUUCCCAACACGCUGAUGAUCUCAAGAGCCUUAUCAGUGCUGCAAUGACCAACCAAGAAACUUGCCUCGAUGGCUUUUCUCACGACCGUGCUGAUAAAAAGGCGAGACAAGCGAUUAUCGACGGGCAGAUGCAUGUUUUCCACAUGUGUAGCAAUGCCCUGGCAAUGAUCAAGAACUUAACCGACACGGACAUGGCGAGCCAGGGUCACCCAUCAUCAGGGAGACGACUUAAGGAGCAAGAGGAAACAGAAUGGCCUGAAUGGUUGUCGGCGGGAGAUAGGAGACUUCUACAGGGGACGACAGUGACCCCUAAUGUAACCGUGGCGGCUGAUGGCAGUGGCGACUUCCUCACGGUGUCGGAGGCGGUGGCAGCUGCGCCGGAGAGAAGCAGUACAAGGUACAUCAUAAAGAUUAAAGCCGGAGUGUAUAGGGAAAACGUGGAUGUUCCGAGGAGGAAACCCAAUCUCAUGUUUGUGGGAGAUGGGAGGGUCAACACCAUCAUCACUGCUAGCAGAAACGUCGUUGAUGGCAGCACCACUUUCAACUCUGCCACUGUCGCUGCUGUAGGGGACGGGUUCUUGGCCAGGGACAUAACAUUUCAGAACACGGCGGGGCCAUCGAAGCACCAAGCAGUGGCACUGCGUGUGGGAUCAGAUUUAUCAGCAUUCUACAGGUGUGACAUGUUGGCAUACCAGGACACACUAUAUGUCCACAGCCUUCGCCAGUUCUAUUCAGGAUGCCUUAUAGCAGGCACCGUCGACUUCAUAUUCGGAAAUGCGGCAGCAGUGUUCCAAGACUGUGACAUCCACGCUCGUCGUCCCGAUCCGAACCAAAGGAACAUGGUCACCGCACAAGGCCGCGACGACCCGAACCAGAACACCGGGAUCGUGAUCCAGAAAUGCAGGAUCGGUGCAACACGGGAUUUAGAAGCCGUGAAGGCCAAUUUUCCAACUUACUUAGGGAGACCAUGGAAGCAAUAUUCGAGAACCGUUAUCUUGCAAUCCGUCAUAAGCGACGUCAUUAAUCCCGCCGGUUGGUUCCCGUGGAAUGGUGAAUUCGCACUAAACACUUUGACGUAUCGAGAGUAUCAAAACACCGGUCCCGGUGCUAACACUUCAAGCAGGGUUACAUGGAGAGGAUAUAGUUUGAUCCCCAUUGCAUCGGAGGCGCAAAGCUAUACUGCUCGGAAUUUCAUCUCCGGUGCUAACUGGUUAAACGCCACCGGUUUUCCUUUCUCUCUUGAUCUUUGAGUAAUUGCUGAAGUUCAGACAAAUUCUUGUAGUUCAGAAUAAGGGUAUUGUCCCCAAGGCAAUGUAAUGUAAUCAUGAUCCUAAAAGCCAGAGCCAACAGUCAACAGGCAUCAAGUUAGUUUAUAAGCUUUAA